AGUUGAGCAGAGAGCAGAAAGUCGCAGUGUGAGUUUGUGUCAAACAAGCAAAAAACAUGUGCAAGGUGAGAAUGCUGAGAGCGUUGGUGAAGCAGCGACUCAACUUGGCCGUGGAGGAGCUCUUCGGACUGUUUGAGAGAACCAUAGCGGAGUACGAGGUGGAACUUUGCCGAGCCCGGGAGGAGAACGAACGGCAGCGGGUGCUGCUGGGAGCCGUUGCCUCCACUUUGCGUCGUCGAGUCGGGCGACACACGGAAGACAUCCAGCAUGUGUUGGCGGAAAGUCCAGAAGAGGUUCCCUCCAUGGAGCAGGGGAGCGGCCCCAGAGCAAAACAGGAGAAACCAGCGCAGCUCUCCGGUGUUAAAGAGGAAGAGGAGGACGUGUGGAGCGGUCAAGAUGGGCACGCUGACGUCACCACGUCCACGCUGACUGGCGAAGAUGACCAAGCGCAGUCCUCGCAGCUUCAUGACGAGAACGAAGCGGCGGCAGGCAGCGGCUCUUCGACUCGACCCACGUCGAGCGCCCCGUUGAGCUGCCCCGAGUGCGGCAAAACGUUCGGCCAGAAGGGCAAUCUGAUCAUACACGUGCGGACGCACACCGGAGAGAAACCUUUCGCCUGUUCCUAUUGCGACCGGAGAUUCUACACAAAGCAUCACGUGAAGAGACACACCACCAUUCACACUGGCGAGAAGCCCUUUCCCUGUUCGUUCUGCGCCUAACGAUUCCGGGAUAAGUUCGAGGCGAUAAAGCACACGAGAACGCACACCGGCGAGAAACCCUUCACCUGCCCGGUUUGCGCCAAAGGCUUCUCUCGGAGAUCGUCUCUCCGCUUACACGUUCAACAACACUCCGUGACGGCAGGAACUGGCGGAGGGCAGAAUUUGGAGGCCGGACGGGCGCGCUCUUCUGAGACCGAUCGCAAUGACAACAGUGACCGGGAUGGUAAAAACGAAAAGAUGUAUCUCAUUGACAACGAGCAACGGAAUUGCCCUGUAUGCGGGAAAACGUUUGGCCAGAGGUGUAGCUUGAUAAGACACAAGAGAAUACACACGGGGGAGAAAACCUUCUCCUGCGGCAUUUGCGCCAAAAGCUUCCGGGACAAGUUUGAAAUGCUGAAGCACAUGAGAAGCCGUUCGCUUGCGGCGUGUGUCAGAAAAGAUUGAAUUUUAAGGUGCUGGUGAAGAGACACAAGUGUACCGUUAGCCAAUGACGAAGCAGGAGGCGGAGGAACUGCGACUCACUCACAAGCUCUGACAGUUUGUUUCCUAUUUUGCGAACCUGCAGGCUAUUGAACUUUACACACUGACGUCACACGUACAUCCAGGUGGCAAAAAACUGUAUCUGAUGGAUUAAUUAACCGUUUUUCAAGUCAAUUGAAGUCAAACAACGAAACGUUUCAGUUCAGGUUUCUGCCACACGCCAGUACCCGGGCACCUUUAUGAACAUUAUGAAAAGGUCCGUCGCAGUCGUACCUUGACUUAUUUGAACUUUUACCUACCUCCCUUUUAUUAUAAGCACACGCACAGUUGU